AGUCAGUCGAACGCAGCGCGCCACUGCGGCGCCAUGGCCUGCUCCGUGCAGGAUAGACGAAGAUCGGGUGUUGGCUUCACUCCGGUGAGUACUCCUCAGGACCUACAAAUUUCCCGAGAAGGAGCACACAAUGAGGGCCGCCCUGCUGACAGUCACCUGCUGCGCGCUGCUGGCGCAUGGCGCCCCGCCGACCCGCCUGCCAGACCUGCCCGCCCCGCUCUCAGCGCGCGGCCAACAGCACCCGCGGCCGCCGAGGUCUUUUGAAGGUCACCAAGCGCCUCUCAACAGGCUACAACUAACGCCUUCGAGGAGGCGUGAAAUGGGCAGCUCAACAGCGCCGCCGGCUCUGCCAGGUGCGUGGCUGCGGAGUCCCGACCCGGCCGCCCUGGCGGACUCCGACUCCGGCGCGGCCAUGGACUACAGGACGGAGCGCUACCACAUCGCUGACCUGUUCGCCGAGGGCACCGGCUGAGCGGCCACCUGGCGGCCGGCACUGCAACCUCAACAUACUGUGAUGGCCGCUGGAGGCGCGGCGGGCGCGGCGCACCGCCCGGCGGAGGGGAGUGGGGCCACCGCUCGGCGCGCAGCAGUGAACGUGUUCAGCGGGUGAGGGCCGCGGCGCAGUAGCAGCAGCAGCAGCCUCACCUCCCCAAUGGACGGCCCGUAGAGAACAGUGCAGCGGCCCAACCGUGCGGCGUCCACCUGUUGUCCGGAAUCGGGGCGAGUUAUUGUACCACUGCGUCUAGUUAUUGUAUCUGUUUCCCGGAGUACGGGUCUGUGUUGCAGCUUUUCCCCGAGUCUGGGUGUGAAGAUGCUGUUUUUCUCGGAGUCCGGGUGGCUGAGUGUGUGGUAUCUUUGACCAGAGUUUGGGCGGCUCGGUAUCUGUAUCGUAUUUUAUCCCUGAGUGCAGGAAGGCUCAGGGUGAGUGCCAUUCCGUUUCCGUAGGUAUACCGACGCGUUCCACUGGCGCCUGUGAGGGUUCACAGGGCCAGUGUCCGACCCUGUGAGGGUUCACAGGGCCAGUGUCCGACCCUGUGAGGGUUCACAGGGCCAGUGUCCGACCCUGUGAGAGCCGACUCCCGACGAGCUCGUGACGGGGCCGAGCCGGUGAAUCGGCUGACUGACUGGACUGAGUCAGCGGGUCGGUGACUGGACUACUGAGUCGGUGACGGCACUGAGGCUGUAACUGCACUGAGUCGGUGACUAUUGAGAAGGUAACUGGACUACAUACUGAGCUGUGAAUGGACUACAAAGUACUAAGCCCACAACUGGAUUGAGUCAGUGAAUAGACUACUGAGUAGGUGA